AUGGCUUUUACGAAUUACAGCAGUCUGAAUCGAGCUCAGCUAACCUUUGAGUAUCUCCAUACAAAUUCAACUACUCAUGAAUUCUUGUUUGGUGCCCUUGCAGAACUGGUUGAUAAUGCAAGAGAUGCUGAUGCCACCAGAAUAGAUAUUUAUGCAGAGAAAAGAGAAGACCUUCAAGGAGGAUUCAUGCUUUGCUUUUUGGAUGAUGGCGCAGGAAUGGAUUCCAGUGAUGCUGCCAGUGUGAUCCAGUUUGGGAAAUCGGCUAAGCGAACGCCUGAGUCCACCCAGAUUGGGCAGUAUGGGAAUGGGCUAAAAUCGGGCUCAAUGCGAAUUGGGAAGGAUUUUAUCCUUUUCACCAAGAAGGAAGACACUAUGACCUGCCUCUUUCUGUCUCGCACCUUUCAUGAGGAGGAAGGCAUUGAUGAAGUGAUUGUCCCAUUGCCCACCUGGAAUGCCAAGACCCGAGAGCCAAUCACAGACAAUGUGGAGAAGUUUGCUAUUGAGACAGAACUCAUCUAUAAGUACUCCCCAUUUCACAAUGAAGAAGAUGUGAUGUCCCAGUUCAUGAAGAUUACUGGGGAUAGUGGAACAUUAGUGAUUAUCUUUAAUCUCAAACUCAUGGAUAAUGGACAGCCGGAGCUAGACAUAAUCUCAAAUCCAAGAGACAUCCAGAUGGCAGAGACCUCCCCAGAGGGCACGAAGCCUGAGCGGCACUCAUUCCGUGCCUAUGCUGCUGUUCUGUAUAUUGAUCCCCGGAUGAGGAUCUUCAUUCACGGACACAAGGUGCAGACCAAGAGGCUCUCCUGCUGCCUUUACAAGCCCAGGAUGUACAAGUAUACGUCGAGCCGUUUCAAGACCCGAGCAGAGCAGGAGGUGAAGAAAGCGGAACAUGUGGCGCGAAUUGCUGAAGACAAGGCACGGGAGGCGGAAAGUAAAGCUCGGGCUUUAGAACUACGCCUAGGUGGAGACCUCACACGGGACUCCAGGGUGAUGUUGCGGCAGGUGCAGAACACAGCCAUCACUCUGCGCAGGGAGGCUGAUGUCAAGAAGCGGAUCAAGGAUGCCAAGCAGAGAGCACUUAAAGAACCUAAAGAACUGAAUUUCAUUUUUGGGGUCAAUAUUGAACACCGAGACUUGGAUGGCAUGUUUAUCUACAACUGUAGCCGCCUGAUCAAGAUGUAUGAAAAAGUGGGCCCACAAUUAGAAGGGGGCAUGGCAUGUGGUGGAGUUGUUGGGGUCGUUGAUGUGCCCUACCUGGUCCUGGAGCCUACACACAACAAGCAAGACUUUGCUGAUGCGAAGGAGUACAGACACCUGCUAAAGGCGAUGGGGGAGCACCUGGCACAGUACUGGAAGGACAUCGCCAUUGCUCAGCGGGGAAUUAUCAAGUUCUGGGAUGAGUUUGGCUACCUCUCUGCCAACUGGAACCAGCCCCCAUCCAGUGAGCUGCGUUACAAACGCCGAAGAGCUAUGGAAAUUCCGACUACCAUCCAGUGUGAUUUAUGUCUGAAAUGGCGGACCCUCCCCUUCCAGCUGAGUUCUGUGGAGAAAGAUUAUCCUGACACCUGGGUUUGUUCCAUGAACCCUGAUCCUGAGCAGGACCGGUGUGAGGCUUCUGAGCAGAAGCAGAAGGUUCCCCUGGGAACAUUCAGAAAGGACCUGAAGACACAGGAAGAGAAGCAGAAGCAGCUGACGGAGAAAAUUCGCCAACAGCAGGAGAAGCUGGAGGCCCUUCAGAAAACCACACCCAUCCGUUCCCAAGCUGAUCUGAAGAAAUUACCCUUGAAGGUGACUACCAGACCUGCCCCUGAGGAACCUGCACGUAGACUGCAGCGUCCUCGCUCACCCCCUUUACCUGCUGUGAUCAAGAAUGCCCCAAGCAGACCUCCACCCUCUCCAACUCUUCGGCCAGCCAGCCAGCUGCGGAAAGCUUCUGUUGUCAGCAGUGCCCCCAAGCCUCCUGCCUUGACAGCCCAGGAGGAAGCCAGCACAUCCAAGCUGCUGCCACCCAGGGCCCCCCGAAAGGCUGCAAACACUCCAGUCAGGGCUGUGCCCACCCCUCUAGUGCAGCCACCAUUGCCAUCUCUACUGCCCAACUCCAAGAUCCCUCAGGAGAUCCCUGUCCCCAGGGCCAUUAAGUCUCCAGUGGUCAAGAAGCCAGAGCUGCCCAAUAAACUCUCUCCGGCUACCCCUGGCCGGAAGCGCAGUUUUGGUGUGGCCGAUGAGGAAGAGGCUGAGGAAGAAUCUGAGAGGAAGAAGGAGAGGUCCAAACGGGGCAAGUUAACCGUGAAGGAGGAAAAGAAGGACUCAAAUGAGCUCUCAGACAGUGCUGGCGAAGAGGACCCAGCUGAUCUCAAGAGGGCUCAGAGAGAUAAGGGGCUGCAUGUGGAGGUCCGUGUGAACAGGGAAUGGUACACAGGCCGUGUCACAGCCGUGGAGGUGGGCAAGCACGUGGUGCGGUGGAAAGUGAAGUUUGACUAUGUGCCCACAGAUACGACACCUAGAGACCGCUGGGUGGAGAAAGGCAGUGAGGACGUGCGGCUUAUGAAACCCCCUUCGCCGGAGUAUCAGAGCCCCGACACACAGCAAGAGGGUGGGGAGGAAGAGGUGGUGGUGGCAGUGGUCCCUCAGGCAGUAGCCACAGUGGAGCCCCCCUCCACUUCUGACUGCAUCCGAAUUGAGCCGGACACCACCGCCCCCAGCACCAACCAUGAAACCAUUGACCUGCUCGUCCAGAUCCUUCGGAAUUGUUUACGGUACUUUCUGCCUCCGAGUUUCCCCAUCUCCAAGAAGGAGCUGAGUUCUAUGAGUUCAGAUGAGCUAAUAUCAUUUCCUUUGAAAGAAUACUUCAAACAGUAUGAAGUGGGGCUCCAGAAUCUGUGCCACUCCUACCAGAGCCGAGCUGACUCACGGGCCAAGGUCUCCGAGGAGAAACUGCGUAACUCAGAGAGGAAACUCCGUGAGACAAAGGAGAAGCUGCAGAAGCUGAGGACCAACAUCGUGGCACUCCUGCAGAAGGUGCAGGAGGACAUAGACAUCAACACUGACGACGAGCUGGAUGCCUACAUUGAGGACCUCAUCACCAAGGGGGACUAAGGGGCGAGCCACCUGCCCCUGCCCUGCCUGCCCCUUAAGGAGCAUCUGCCAGGGGGUAGUGUUUUGUUUACGGGCUAGUGGACUUACCUUGGUUUGACUAACAUGGGACAUUUGUGCUUUCGGAGGGAAAAAUACUCUUAAUUCUUCGAAUCUGCCUCCCUACGUUUAUAAAUAUUUAUUUUUUAAAAGAAA